AUGUUCUUGACAAGCACCUUCCUUCUCCUGAAACCUCCCGUUGCCUCAAGUCUCAUCUUCACAUCAAUCGUCGCUUUUCUCCUCGCGGGAGACGUCUUGUUCAAGGCCCUCUUAUACAUAGGAGUUGACCCUCAAUCUGAACACGAAACGGCACCGAAAUUUCUCAAAGUUUUCAUUAUCCAUGGAAGAAAGUUUGGCGGUCACCUCAUGGAUCUUGUUCGUCAUCUGCUGGGGAUACAACAUGUCUUGCUUGACUGCAUUGGACGUCUCGGCCGUACCCUGUGUGGAUUAGAAGAUGAGCUCGAGAUUGAUACAGACUUGGAAUCGCAGACAGAUGUCAAUACCCCACCAUCGUAUGAUCGUAUCGGAGCAAAGUGGUAG